CGAAAUUGCUAUUUGCCUUGGUUAAUUUGAAGUGAGUAAUUCUUCUUUGAAAUAUGACCUCUCAUAUUUUGCUCAAACGCACAUUGUUUGAUGUGUAAGUAAACUUGGAAAGGUGGUCAGAAACAAGAGAAAUUUUGGGAUAAAUAAGUGAUCAGAAUCUGAGUUUAUCUGCUUCUUAUGGUGUUGUUGUAACUUGACUUAGUGAUGACUUCGAUGUGUAUUUUGAACUCGUGAAAUCGAUACUAUCCAGUAUCGUGGAGCUGUGAUUCUGAUUAAUGCAGUUUGGUUUCUCAUUGUUGAGUUUAUAGGAUCUAUUAAGGUUCAAUUACCGUAUGGUUGAACGUAUAGGAACCUCCAGAGUACCUAAUACUUAUUUAAAUAGUUAUUGAUGUGCUACGGAUGUUGUUCCAAUUGCAUUCGGUACUUAGGGUGAAGCUGUGACUCCUUACGAGCUUAGGAACUGGAAUUCACUUGUUCUAGUUACCAGUUAGUUUCUUAGAGGUAAUAAUGAGUUGAAAUUCCAUUGCCAAUUGGGAUUCCUCAACUAUAAGAUACCAUACCAAACAGCAUCAUUUAGGUUAGUGACUCAAACCAUGAGUUGAAACACAUGUAAAUUGCAGUUCUAUGUAACCAGAUUGGUCCUAAUGUUGAUCAUAGUUGAGUAGCUGUUUUUGAGUUACAUCAUUGUCCAAAAAUAAGUUUCGUGUUUUUCGCAGAAAAGGAUAGAGAAUCAAUGUAGCGUGAGUCUCAAGAAGUUUGUAUGUUUUAUAUUUCUUUAAAAUGACAAGACCAUGAGUAGUAGUACAUUGCUGAAUGAUUAAUUAUCUUACCCGACAAUUUUCACAGAAUAUGUUCUUUGCUUUGUAGAUUGUUGAGUUUGCAUCUUGUUGUAUGCGCUCUGCCUCUGUAUUAAGAAUGUGUAGAUAAUUUUGGAGCAUGCAUCUUUCAAAUUGCUUGAAAGUUUUUCACAAAUAUGGUUUGUAUCUAUUAUAGUAAUAGAAUGAGAUUGGGAUGAGUUCAAAGAAGUUCAACAAAGGAGCCACAUAACCACUGUGGUUGAUAACUUGAAGACUCGUUUGAUGAGUGCAACAAAGGAGCUCAAAGAAGUCCUAACCAUGCGGACAGAGAUUGUGGGACUGGCAAGGGCCAUGAUAAAAUGCUGUAGGAAAGUCGAAGGUGUAGCUGAUGCAGUUGACAUCGUUGGAACGGGUGGUGACGGUGCAAAUACAGUCAAUAUCUCAACUGGCGCGUCGAUUCUUGCUGCUGCAGCUGGUGCAAAAGCCGCAAAGCAAGGAAAUCGCUCUAGCUCUUCAGCAUGUGGAAGUGCAGACGUAUUGGAGGCAUUGGGUGUAAAUAUUGACCUGGACCCUCUGGUAUUUGGGUUUCAUGAAAGCGAUUGAAGAUUGGCAAUCACAGCAAACAACAUAUCAGCGGAUUGAGGAGGAAGAACGGAGGUGCCGGGAGCAGCAAGAAUUAGAGUUCACACAGUUCAUGUCGACUCAGUCUCAGGAGGCUCAGGAAGCAUAUAGGAGACGAUUUAUGACGGAUCAGGUCGGGACUUCUAGACAAGGUGGAGCUGGUGAUGAGAAUGUUGAUGAUGAUGAUCAGGAGGACUGAUUUGUUUUUUUUACCUUUGAAAACAAUGAAUGAGUGUUGUGUAAACAAUAUUUAUCAUGGUGUGUGAUGUAUAAACAACGUUUAUCAUGUUGGGAUAUUUUAAUUAAAUUAUAUGUGUUAUAUA